AUGGCCAACUCAAUCACUGUGUCCGACGCUACUGCACUAGCUGCAAGAGACGCCCAAAUAAAUAUCGGUGCUCUGAAACAGCAUAUCAAAUUAGCCAAAAACACGCCUCAGGUGUUUGCCAUUCUUCUGGUUCGACUGGAUUCUCUUGAAGAAGUUCUACAACGCCUUUUACCCGCCUCUGACGCGACCCCAGCCAGGGCCACGCAGGAAGUUCAAAGCUAUCUUUGUUCGAACAUGUCAGACUGCGCAAGGGCAUGCGAUGAAUUCGAAAAGGUUUUUCGGGGAUUUGUUGACCAGCCAGUGGAUGGAACAGCGCGUGAAUUUGACCGUGUUAGCUUCGGUAUUAUUGGAGAGUUUCAAGUGCAGUUGCUGAGUAAACGGCUCGACCGGUGGAAAAAGCUUGUCUUUAACGCGGUGGAAUUUUCCCUACUGCGUUCCCUCUCUAUGUCAGAGAACAUCAACCAGGAGCAAAAUACCGUACUUCGGACCAUGGAGAGCGAUAUGUCAAACUUGAUUAAGGAAAUGGACUGGGACAAUUACGUGCUUCGGGAGAAGUGGGAAAUGCUUAAUGGCAUCGUUCGUGAGGUUCUCGAGCAGACUGAUGAAAUCGAAGACUCGCAGAAUUUCCUUGAUGUGCUUCGCACGGAGAUCCAUUGGCUACGGACCGGACAGCGAAUCAGAACCCAGAACAACGGCCGGCUUUUUAGGGGCACCACUAAACCUUUUCGCGGUUCCGGUCAAACAUACCAAAGGAUCGAGAAUGUUGAAGUGGAUGGGAACGGUAUAGUCGGCAUUGCUAAAGGGUUCGACAUAAAUGCUUGGUUCAAGGACUGA